AUGGCGUCGUUGCCUCCCCCCCCUCCCCCAGGAUGGGGUGCAGCCCCUCCUUCCAUGCCUUUGGCGCCGCCGCCGCCAGGAUACCAGCCCCCAGCGGAUCCGAAUGUCGCAAAGUUUGCUCAGAAGAAGAACGAAUGGCUGCGGACGCAGCGCAAUCGUUUUGGAGAGAAGAGGAAAGGCGGGUUUGUUGAGACACAGAAGGCGGACAUGCCUCCGGAGCACUUGCGGAAGAUUGUCAGAGAUAUCGGCGACGUAUCACAGAAGAAGUUCAGCAACGAGAAGCGCAGCUAUCUCGGUGCGCUGAAGUUCAUGCCUCAUGCCGUGUUGAAGCUGCUGGAGAACAUGCCCAUGCCUUGGGAAUCGGCGCGUGAGGUCAAGGUGCUCUACCAUGUGAAUGGUUGCCUUACGCUCGUGAACGAGACUCCGAGGGUCAUCGAACCGGUUUUCCAUGCUCAGUGGGCUACCAUGUGGGUGUGUAUGCGGCGAGAAAAGUGCGACCGCAGACAUUUCAAACGGAUGCGCUUUCCCCCUUUCGAUGACGAGGAACCUCCCCUAUCGUGGUCGGAGAAUAUCGAAGACGUCGAGCCCUUGGAGCCGGUCCAGAUGGAGCUCGACGAAUCCGAAGAUGCUCCCGUGUACGAGUGGUUCUACGAUCACCGGCCGCUACUUGAUACCCCUCAUGUCAAUGGACCAAGCUAUAAGAGCUGGAAUUUGACCCUUCCGCAGAUGGCAACUCUCUACCGGUUAAGCCAUCAGUUACUCAGUGAUGUGGUUGACCAGAAUUACUUUCACAUGUUUGAUCUCAACAGUUUCCUUACGGCAAAGGCCCUGAACGUUGCUAUCCCCGGUGGCCCACGCUUUGAGCCUUUGUACAAGGACAUCGAUCCCAAUGACGAGGAUUUCAGUGAAUUCAAUGCGAUCGACCGCAUCAUCUUCCGAGCACCCAUCCGGACAGAGUACAGAGUCGCUUUCCCUUUCUUAUAUAACACCCUACCGAGAAGCGUGAAAGUUUCCUGGUAUUCUCAUCCUCAAGUCGUUUACGUCCGAGCCGACCCUAACCUUCCUGCUUUCUACUUCGACCCUGUCAUCAAUCCCAUCUCGUCGCGCUCUGUCGCCCCCAAAAACAUUACAGUCAGUCAUGAGGAUGAGAUCUUUGGACCUGGAAACAAUGAGGAUGACUUUGAACUCCCACCAGAGGUGAAGCCCUUCUUCGCUGACGAGGAACUGUACACACCUGAUACCGCCUCAGCGAUCGCCCUGUGGUGGGCUCCUCAUCCGUUCAAUAAGAGAUCAGGGAAGAUGGUGCGCGCGCAGGACGUGCCACUCGUCAAGCAGUGGUACCUGGAGCAUUGCCCUCAGGGCCAGCCUGUGAAGGUCCGAGUCUCGUAUCAGAAGCUUCUUAAGACGUAUGUGCUUAAUGAGUUGCACAAGAAGAAGCCUAAGGCCCAGAACAAGCAGAAUCUGCUGAGGACCCUGAAAUCUACCAAGUUUUUCCAGCAGACGACAAUCGACUGGGUUGAAGCUGGUCUUCAGGUUUGCCGCCAGGGUUUCAACAUGCUCAACCUCUUGAUUCACCGAAAGAAUUUGACUUACCUGCAUCUCGACUACAACUUCAAUUUGAAGCCAGUUAAGACACUGACCACUAAGGAGCGAAAGAAGUCCCGCUUCGGUAACGCUUUUCACUUGAUGCGUGAGAUUUUGCGCCUUACGAAGUUGAUUGUCGAUGCGCAAGUUCAAUACCGUCUGGGUAACAUCGAUGCUUUUCAAUUGGCGGAUGGCAUUCUGUAUGCUUUCAAUCAUGUUGGACAGUUGACCGGUAUGUACCGUUACAAGUACAAGUUGAUGCAUCAAAUCCGUUCCUGCAAGGACCUGAAGCAUUUGAUCUACUACCGAUUCAACUCUGGCCCUGUGGGUAAAGGUCCUGGCUGCGGUUUCUGGGCUCCUGCUUGGCGCGUUUGGCUGUUCUUCAUGCGCGGUAUCAUUCCUCUCCUUGAGAGAUGGCUUGGAAACUUGCUUUCUCGUCAGUUUGAGGGUCGUCAUAGCAAGGGCGUUGCCAAGACCGUCACCAAACAGCGUGUCGAGUCGCACUUCGAUCUUGAACUGCGAGCCUCCGUCAUGGCGGAUCUGAUGGACAUGAUGCCUGAAGGUAUCAAACAGAACAAAGUCAACACAGUUCUGCAACAUCUGUCUGAAGCAUGGCGAUGCUGGAAGAGUAAUAUUCCUUGGAAGGUGCCGGGGCUCCCAGCACCUAUCGAGAAUAUUAUUUUGCGAUAUGUGAAGAGCAAGGCCGAUUGGUGGAUAUCCGUCGCACACUACAAUCGUGAACGUAUCCGCCGCGGUGCCACCGUGGAUAAGACUGUUGCCAAGAAGAAUCUUGGUCGACUGACUCGGCUUUGGCUCAAGGCUGAGCAGGAGAGACAGCACAACUAUUUAAAGGAUGGUCCUUAUGUAUCUUCCGAAGAAGCGGUGGCGAUUUACACAACCAUGGUGCAUUGGCUCGAGUCUCGCAAGUUCUCGCCAAUUCCGUUCCCAAGUGUCUCAUACAAGCAUGACACCAAGAUUCUUAUUCUUGCUCUCGAACGCCUCCGCGAGGCCUACUCUGUGAAGGGUAGACUGAACCAGAGUCAGCGAGAAGAACUUGCUCUCAUUGAGCAGGCAUAUGACUCUCCUGGAACCACGCUAGCCCGAAUCAAGAGAUUCCUGCUCACCCAGAGAGCAUUUAAGGAAGUUGGAAUCGACAUGAAUGACAAUUACAGCCACAUCAACCCCGUUUACGAUGUUGAGCCGAUCGAGAAGAUCACGGACGCGUACCUGGACCAGUAUCUUUGGUAUCAGGCAGAGCAGCGCCACCUCUUCCCAGCUUGGAUCAAACCUUCCGAUUCUGAAGUCCCUCCACUGUUGACCUACAAGUGGGCUCAGGGAAUCAAUAAUUUGUCCAACGUCUGGGAAACUGCCGAUGGCGAGACGAAUGUCAUGAUCGAAACGGAGUUAUCCAAGGUCUAUGAGAAGAUUGAUCUUACUCUCUUGAAUCGUCUGCUACGUUUGAUCAUGGAUCACAACUUGGCUGAUUACAUUACUUCGAAGAACAAUGUGCAGCUGAGCUAUAAGGACAUGAACCAUACCAACAGCUACGGAUUGAUCAGGGGUCUGCAGUUUUCUGGUUUCGUCUUUCAGUAUUAUGGUCUUAUGAUUGAUCUGCUGCUCCUUGGUCUGCAAAGAGCCAGUGAGAUGGCAGGUCCGCCGCAGAGUCCCAACGACUUCUUGCAAUUUAGAGACCGUGCCACUGAGACAAGACAUCCCAUUCGUUUGUACACUCGCUAUGUCGACAAGAUCUGGGUAUUCUUCAGAUUCACCGCCGACGAGUCCAGGGAUCUUAUUCAGCGCUUCCUUACAGAGAACCCUGAUCCUAAUUUUGAGAACGUUAUUGGAUAUAAGAACAAGAAGUGCUGGCCGCGUGAUUGCCGUAUGCGUCUGAUGCGACACGAUGUUAAUCUCGGUCGCGCUGCCUUCUGGGAUCUGAAGAACCGUCUGCCGCGGUCAAUUACGACGAUUGAAUGGGAUGAUACCUUUGCUAGCGUGUACAGCAAGGACAACCCGAACCUGCUGUUCUCCAUGUGUGGCUUUGAGGUCCGUAUUCUACCAAAGAUUCGCAAUCAGAACGAGGAGUUCUCUGUCAAGGACAGUGUGUGGUCUCUGGUAGACAACGCCACCAAGGAGCGCACAGCCCAUGCUUUCUUGCAAGUAACGGAGGAGGACAUCCAGAAAUUCAACAACCGAAUCCGGCAAAUCCUCAUGUCCUCGGGUUCAACCACUUUCACCAAAAUUGCCAACAAGUGGAACACCGCCCUUAUCGCGCUCUUUACGUACUAUCGUGAAGCUGCUGUCUCCACCGUCAAUCUUUUGGACACGAUUGUCAAAUGUGAGACCAAGAUUCAGACUCGUGUUAAGAUUGGUCUGAACUCCAAGAUGCCCUCGCGUUUCCCUCCUGCGGUCUUCUACACGCCAAAGGAAUUGGGUGGUCUGGGCAUGAUUUCGGGUUCUCAUAUUUUGAUUCCCGCCAGUGACAAGCGAUGGUCGAAGCAGACGGAUACCGGCAUUACCCACUUCCGUGCGGGUAUGUCACAUGACGAGGAGACCCUCAUUCCUAACAUCUUCCGAUACAUUAUUCCAUGGGAGGCCGAAUUCAUUGACUCUCAGCGAGUCUGGAUGGAAUACUCUCAGAAGCGGAUGGAAGCUCAGCAGCAGAAUCGCCGUUUGACUUUGGAGGACUUGGAAGAUAGCUGGGAUCGCGGUCUCCCUCGUAUCAACACUCUUUUCCAAAAGGAUCGAAGCACACUCAGCUUCGAUAAAGGCUUCCGUCUCAGAGCCGAGUUCAAGCAGUACCAGCUGAUGAAGAGCAAUCCAUUCUGGUGGACAAGUCAACGUCAUGACGGUAAACUCUGGAACUUGAACGCUUACCGCACAGAUGUCAUCCAAGCACUUGGUGGUGUUGAGACUAUUCUCGAGCACACCUUGUUCAAGGCAACUGCUUUUCCAUCUUGGGAAGGUCUCUUUUGGGAAAGAGCAUGCCUUGCCAAGGGGACACGGCUGCUACGGUAUGACGGUAGCGAAAUUGAGGUCCAGGAUGUCAAAGAGGGAGAUUUGCUCCUUGGUCCUGACGGCGGUCCUCGCCGGGCUUUCAACAUCGUGAACGGUAAAGACCGUCUCUAUCGUAUCAAGAUUGGUGGAAGUAAAGAGGACCUUGUUGUUACGCCAAACCAUAUUCUGGUUCUUCACCGGGAGAAGAGAGCGAGAAAUGUGUAUACUGGACCGUCCGUCCAAGGUCAUAUCCAACGUUCCGAAAACGGGCAUGGUAACCUUCCGAUGCUCAGUUCCAGCCCUGCGGCCGCCCAUCACCCGAAUAACCUUGUAAAGAACCGUGGAGAUUUCUGGUCUGCUUUGAAGAGUGCUAUCGCUUGGGUUCUCCAUGCCGAACGAAGUUCGACCGGCGCCAACAUGGUGCGGAAUGUCCUCAAUGGUACCGUUGGUCUUACGGCUCAUAAAGAGAGCUAUACUGUUACCAAUCCUCAGCAAAAAGGCGUAUACUACACCUAUGUAUGGGGAAACCCUCAACGAACGAGCAUCAAGGGCCAUCGCGACCACCCGCCCGUCUUCCUACCAACCAAGGAGGAUGCUUUCUCUGCUGCAAUUGCGAAAAGUCGUGAACUCUAUUCGCAAAGCGAAGUUACGCUGGCUACACUUCGUCAAAGAUUCCUUGCAAAGUCUGCCGAUGGUAAAGGCGGAGAGAUUCUGGUCGACGCCAACUUGCCAAACAUAUUCCUUCUGUGGGACAAGAACAGAUCUAACCUCAAGUUCCGCGUGCUCUGUUCCCGCAACUUCAAGACAUACGGGCGCGUAUAUACUUUCGAGUCAAUGCCAAGCACCAACGCUGAAGAACCAGGAUAUGGAGACGAUGACGAGCUACCUCAGGUUUCAGCAGAAGAGCGCUACGAUACCGUUGAAAUGACAGCAGCUGAGUUCGCCUCACUGAGCACAGAAGAACGGAGUCGGUAUCGUGUGUUCAGAUGUCCUGGCUUCGAGUUGCCUGAGCAGCCAGUGCCGGUAAACCCGUAUUUCCUCGGACUUUGGCUUGGCGAUGAUAACCAUGAGAAAACCACGAAUCACAACAUUCAUGAAGAGAAUGUUCGCGAAUUCCUCGUGAACCAUGCUGCUGAGUUGGAUAUGUACCUUGCAUGGCAGGGUCUGAUUGACUAUGCGACUGUCGCCAACCCUGCACCUAUGAUGGUUCGGCUCCCGCCCACCAAUCCUGAUACCAUUGAGCAUCGUCCGGUUGUUUGUCAAGCACGGCAGAGCAUUCGGAAGCUACGCCUUGCUGCUAAAAAUAUCGCACAACCAGAAGUGGUAUUAUCGACGUCUCCACGUCCCGAGUCGCAGAUGCAACCAAAGCGAGAAUUGCCGUCGAAUACGGAAACUGCUCUCCGAUCGGAGGCUGAAGCCUCGAGUAUCUCGGCAAUUCUUGAUUCGAAGGCCGGUCAUUCCAGUCUGGAUACUGGUGAUCCCAAUUCUGAUGUCGUUCCUGAGUCUAUUCCCAACGACGUCGCCGAUUUUGGCCUCGAUGGAGUCCCCGAACUCACUUCUAGCGGUUUCUCAGAGCUUACCUCAGAUUCUGAACUCAUGCGGUUGAUCGAACAAGUGGAGCGGUCAAGCCAAGGUUCGACGGAAGAACCAAGCCAGGCUUCUGUGGUAGAGCAGGAAGCUGAUCUCAAUCUGCUUGAAACCGAUAGCGAGGACGAGGAAGCCGACAGCGCUGACGAUGAUGAGUUUGGAGACCCAGAGGCUUCCGAAUUUCGGCCGGAGCCAGAAAGCCAACUUUCCCAGUCUCACUUCUCCAAUCGUCGGCGGAACCACCGCUUGCGAACAGGUCGUCGAGUAUACGGAGAUUUGAAUGGCGAGGAGGAAGGUAUACUUCUUGACCAGAUCGUGGAGCAAUCUGAAGGCAGUCGUGUUAACUCGCUCCUCCGGGCGCUCGAUGCCUUGGGGAUUAUUGCUCAAAAAGGAACAGGUCCUGAAACCAACCGGAAGCAUAUUCCGUCGAUCUACAUGAAGAACUCUCGGUCUGUCCGUCUUGCCGUUCUGGCAGGACUCAUUGACAGUGACGGUUGGUAUGUCUAUCCAGAAAAUGUGCUUGGAUUUGCCCAGAGUGAGCGUUGGCAUUCCAAGCUCUUUUGGGACGUCGUCGCGCUGGCACGUUCUUUAGGUCUCAGUGUCUUGACGAAGCGACGUAUGAUGUGGAACCCUGCUCGCACGGAGAGGUAUCCCCAGCUCUUUGCCCAGAUCUCUGGGAAUGUGGCCGAGGUUCCUUGUCUCAUUGCGCGGAAGAAAGGCGUUGAGCGUUUGAUUCCUCAGACUCACAGUUUCAUGAUCAAGGACAUUUCCCUUGAACCUGAGGCUACGGAGUGGGCUGGUUUUAGAGUCGACAAAGACCAGCUUUACCUGCGACAUGAUUACCUUGUCUUGCAUAACAGUGGAUUUGAAGAAUCGAUGAAAUUUAAGAAGCUCACAAAUGCUCAGCGGUCUGGUUUGAACCAAAUCCCUAACCGUCGGUUCACUCUGUGGUGGUCCCCCACCAUCAACCGUGCCAACGUCUAUGUCGGUUUCCAGGUGCAGCUUGACCUUACAGGUAUCUUCUUGCACGGCAAGAUCCCCACUUUGAAAAUUUCCUUGAUUCAGAUCUUCCGAGCGCACUUGUGGCAGAAAAUCCACGAAUCUGUCGUCAUGGACUUGUGCCAGGUGUUUGAUCAGGAACUCGAGCAGUUGGGCAUCGAAGCUGUCCAGAAGGAGACCAUUCACCCACGUAAGUCUUACAAGAUGAACAGUUCGUGCGCAGACAUCCUGCUCUUUGCAACAAACAAGUGGAACGUGACUAGACCAUCCAUUUUGUUCGACACGAAAGACGUUUACGAGCCGACCACUACGAACAAGUUCUGGCUUGAUGUGCAAUUAAGAUACGGCGAUUACGAUUCUCAUGAUAUCGAGAGAUAUGUCCGCGCCAAGUACCUCGACUACACUACUGAUAGCAUGAGUAUCUAUCCUUCCGCCACUGGCCUUAUGAUUGGUAUUGAUCUUGCAUACAACCUCUAUUCGGCGUACGGACAGUACUUUCCAGGCUUGAAGACUCUCAUCCAGCAGGCCAUGGCCAAGAUCAUGAAGGCAAACCCUGCCUUGUAUGUACUAAGAGAGCGUAUUCGAAAGGGUCUGCAGUUGUAUGCUUCUGAAAGCAACCAGGAGUUCCUCAACUCUCAGAAUUACUCUGAGUUGUUCAGCCCGCAGAUUCAAUUGUUCAUUGACGAUACCAAUGUUUACCGUGUCACCAUUCAUAAGACCUUCGAAGGCAACUUGACCACAAAACCCAUCAACGGUGCCAUCUUCAUUUUCAACCCUCGGACUGGUCAACUGUUCCUCAAGAUUAUUCAUACAAGUGUUUGGGCUGGCCAGAAGCGUCUUGGCCAAUUGGCGAAGUGGAAGACAGCCGAAGAAGUUGCAGCACUCAUUCGGUCUCUGCCUGUGGAAGAACAGCCUAAGCAGCUCAUUGUCACUCGGAAAGGUCUUCUGGAUCCCCUUGAAGUCCAUCUCCUCGACUUCCCCAACAUCUCCAUCCGUGCCUCUGAGCUCCAGUUGCCGUUCCAGGCUGCCAUGAAGGUCGAGAAGCUGGCAGAUAUGAUUCUGCGGGCCACCGAACCUCAGAUGGUACUCUUCAACCUCUACGAUGAAUGGCUCAAGUCCAUCUCUCCGUAUACCGCCUUCUCCCGUCUAAUUCUUAUUCUGCGAGCCCUGCACGUCAAUAUUGACAAAGCCAAGAUCAUCUUGAGGCCUGACAAGACGGUAAUUACACAAGAGCAUCAUAUCUGGCCUACGCUCUCGGACGAGGACUGGAUCAAGGUUGAAGUCCAGCUUCGUGACCUGAUUCUGAACGAUUAUGGAAAGAAGAACAACGUGAACGUGCAAAGUUUAACGAGCAGCGAAGUCCGAGACAUAAUUCUUGGCAUGGAGAUCAGCGCGCCUUCCCUUCAGCGGCAGCAGGCCGCAGAAAUUGAGAAGCAGCAGGAGGAGGCCAAGCAGCUUACAGCUGUCACGACGAAGACGCAGAAUGUUCGCGGUGAAGAAAUCAUCGUCACGACCACGUCUCAGUACGAACAGCAGUCGUUUGCUUCGAAGACCGAAUGGCGUACACGGGCAAUUGCGACAUCAAAUCUUCGCACGAGAGCCAACAAUAUUUACAUUUCGUCAGACGAUGUUUCAGAGGAAGGAUACACUUAUAUCAUGCCAAAGAACAUUCUUCGUCGCUUCAUCACUAUCGCGGACCUUCGAGUGCAGGUUGCUGGGUAUCUCUACGGUAGCUCCCCACCUGAUAACGACCAAGUGAAGGAGAUUCGGACCAUUGUCAUGAUUCCGCAAGUCGGAAAUACUCGAGAUGUUCAGUUGCCCCAACAGUUGCCACAGCAUGAGUAUCUGAACGGACUUGAGCCUCUCGGUAUCAUCCACACGAUCUCUGGCAAUGAACCACAUUACAUGACUGCUAUGGAUGUGACUCAGCAUGCACGGUUGAUGAAUGCUCACCCCUCGUGGGACAAGAAGACCGUCACGAUGACAGUGUCAUUUACCCCUGGAUCUGUUUCCCUUGCAGCAUGGGGCUUGACGCCCCAAGGUUACAAGUGGGGAGCUGAGAACAAAGACACCACAUCUGACCAACCACAAGGGUUCUCGACCAGCAUGGGUCAGAAAUGCCAACUGCUGCUCAGCGACAAGAUUCGUGGAUACUUCCUGGUCCCUGAAGAUAACGUGUGGAACUAUAGCUUCAUGGGAAGCUCUUUCAGCAGCGUCGAAAAGCGACCUGUUUAUGUCAAGAUUGAUACGCCGUUGAGAUUCUAUGACGACCAACAUCGUCCUUUGCACUUCCAGAACUUUGCUGAACUCGAGGACAUUUGGGUUGAUCGUUCCGAUAAUUUCGCUUAA